AUGCCUCCAUUUCGCAACUUUCUAGGACGAAAGUCCCAACCCAAUGGAGAUCCCACUGUCUCAGAUGAGAACUUACUAUCUCCAAACCAACGCCCUGCGCCUAUACCGAUCCGCAGUAGCCAGGAUGAACCCUCCGAAUACAAAUUGAGUGUGGUCAACGAUAGCGGCGUCUAUCUUCCGCCUUCUCCCCCCGAUCGCCCAAGUUUCUGGCGCCGGUACCCGGGCUCCAACAAAUCCAUCAACCAUCGAGAUCUCGUUGACGAGAAUGAGCCUUUCUCCAUCUCUCGCGAGUCCUUCGACUCUUAUCGCCGAUCCUUUGAUAUCUCCGCCCGCUCACCCAUAAUCCAUCCCGAUGCUGGUCCCUCUCGAACUUCUCUUGAUUCUCGAUUCUCCCGAUUAACCCCAUCGGGAACUCACUCCAACAGCUUCACCAAGCCUGACCCCAUGGAGGAAGAAGCCUUUGAAGAAGUAGGCCUAAACGAUGAAGUGAAACCUAAGAAGAAGGGUUUCCUCUCUAGAUUCGGUGACUCUACUAAUGAUGCGCAAUCGCCCGGCCCCAAGUCUUCUACUUCGUCCUUCAACUUCCACAUCCCCGGCCGCAAGCGCGCCCAGAGUGGCGUCGGAGCAGAACUGGGGUCUGUGAAGAAAUCAUCUUUCAUUAUGGCUGGAUUGAAGCGUGCCGUCGACGGCAGCGAAGAGCGCAAUGGCAAGCGGAGCAAGACCAAGGAAGGCUCCGCAUCCAAGUCCAAGAGCGUGAAGUCAAGCUCUUCAUCCAAGAAGGACUCCAAGAAGGAUUCCAAGUCCAGCAAGAGCGACAAGAAGCCUUCAAAGAAGAUUCAGAAGGAAGAAUCCGAGGACGACGAUGACUUCGACAUCGACGAUGUCUCGGAUGAAGAUAUUGAUGCCCUUGAUGCCCUUUCAGACGACGAGAUGCCCGAUGUGAGCGAGGAGGAGAAGCCCAAGUCAGACAAGAAGUCCAAUGUGGAUGACGAAGAGCGCAAAGAGGCCCCAAAGAACACCAAUCCCAACCCCAACAAUUCUCGCGAAUCCCACCUUAAGCAAAAAGCACUCCAGCAGGAGCGCAAGGCUGCGAAGCCCAAUGCCGAUACUGUCGCCCGCUCCAAGAAGUUGUGGGAGCAGUUGCGCCGCAAGUCCCAUGUUCCUCUGGACCAGAGAAAGAAGCUUGUCAAGGAGCUGUUUGAGAUCAUCACUGGGCGUGUUCGCGACUUUGUGUUCAAGCACGACUCGGUGCGAGUCAUUCAGACUGCUCUCAAGUACGGAAACCUCGAGCAGCGCAAGCUGAUUGCGCACGAGUUGAAAGGCACCUACAAGGAGCUGGCACAAAGUCGAUACGCCAAGUUCUUGGUUGGAAAGUUGAUUGUCCACGGAGAUGACGAGACCCGCGAUUUGAUCAUUCCAGAGUUCUACAGCCAUGUCAGACGUCUCAUCCGCCACCCCGAGGGUUCAUGGAUUCUUGACGACAUCUACCGCACAGUUGCGACCAAGGCACAGAAGGCGAGACUCCUCCGCGAGUGGUACGGUCCCGAGUUUGUCAUUUUCCAAGAUGAGAAGGACACCACUUCCGAUCUCACCAAGAUCAUCGAAGCCCACCCCGAGAAGCGUGGACCGAUCAUGAACUACUUGCGCGAGCUGAUUAACCAGCUGGUGCAGAAGAAGAGCACUGGUUUCACCAUGCUUCACGACGCUAUGUUGCAAUAUUUCCUCAACACAAAACCCGGCAGCAACGAAGCGAACGAGUUCAUCGAGUUGCUCAAGGGCGAUGAAGAGGGUGACCUGGUCAAGAACUUGGCUUUCACCAAGUCCGGCUCCCGCCUGAUGUGUUUGACUUUCGCAUACUCCAACGCCAAAGACCGCAAGCUGCUUCUACGAUUCUACCGCGACACCAUCAAGGCGAUGGCCGGCGAUGUCUACGGUCACCAGGUUAUCCUUGCCGCGUACGAGGUCAUUGAUGAUACCAAACUCAGCUCCAAGUCCUUCUUCCCCGAGCUUCUGAACCAGAACGAACCCGAAGAGACCCGUCACGAGGAGCUCUGCUACCAGGUCAACGACUUGACUGCCCGCAUCGCCGUGCUAUACCCCUUCGCCGGCGAACGCGUCAAGUGGCUCCUCCCCGAGGCCGAUCAACCCGUCCUCGAAGAAGUCCGCGAGGUCCGCAAGGAGACCUCCAAGAAAGACCCGGCUAUCCGCCGCCUGGAACUCGUCAAGGUUGCUUCGCCGACCCUGCUCGAAUUCAUCGCUGCCCGCGCCUCUACCCUCCUCGAGACGACCUUUGGCUGCCAGUUCCUCUCCGAGGUGCUGUUUGAAGCCGACGGCGACAAGACCGCCGCUCUCGCGGCCGUGGCUGAGGCCGCCAAGUCGCACACCGAAGCCCGCGAUACUGCACACGCCGGACGUCUUCUCAAGUCUCUUGUGCAGGGUGGACGAUUCAACCCGGCCACCAAGUCUAUUGAGAAGGUGGAGCCCGCGUUGAACUUCCACAAUGUGCUAUACGAGCAGAUCAAGGAUGAGGUCAUGGACUGGGCGACGGGGGCUAACCCCUUUGUGAUUGUCGCGCUGGCUGAGUCUGAGGACUUUGAGAAGAAGAGCGAGCUGCUCAAGACUCUGAAGAAGAACAAGAAGGCGCUGGAGCAGGCCUCGGCGUUGACCGUGGAGAAGGAUGGAAAGACCAAGCCCAGCCCGGCUAGCAGUGGUGCGAAGUUGUUGCUUGCGAAGAUCUAG